GGGGGAGAAGGCGGGGAGUGGAAACGUCUUACACGUGAUGUUGAGAAACCUUGUCGGCGCAAUCUCACGACCCUUAGAAACCAGAAACUAGACGCCUCUGUACCAUUCGUGCGCAUACAACCAAAAUCGCAAUGUCCUCCGGAUUCGUAUCAGGUGGUACUGCAGAUGCUCCAACUGAGCGCAGUGAUGAAUGGUUAGCCGCCCAACAAGAAAUAGAGGCCAAUAGACAACGCAAAGCCAUCGAAGCGAGACAACAAGAUGGAAAGAGCUUGUUUGAGAUCCUAGAAGCAAAUAAAGCUGCCAAACAAGAUGCAUUCGAAGAAGCCAAUAAACUCAAGAAUCAAUUCCGAUCACUAGAUGAAGAUGAAAUCGAAUUCUUAGAUUCUGUCCUAGAAAGUACGAGAGCUGAAGAAGAUAGAGUGAGAAAAGAAACUGCGGAGGGACUAGAGUUAUUUAGAAAACAACAAGAAGACGCAGACAAGAAGGCGAGAGCAGCAGACGAUGGUGGAGCACAAAUACAAGAUGGUUCACCUGUGCGGGAGGAUGAAUGGGGCACUGCCGGUCGAAAGCGCAAGCGUACGAAGGACAAGGAGGUAUUGAAGGGAGUCAAAGUUAGGAGAGCUUCAUCUUCCACAUCUACCAAAGACCUAUCGACGAAGCCUACGAAAGAUGAUUCUGACUCAAUUGCAACGAGUACCAAGCCACCAACUCCUAAAGAUUCAGCCAAAAUCUUGGACUCAAAGCCUGCAAAGGAAGCACCCAAGCCGGUGGCAGUCAAAAAGCCAUCACCUCCUCCACCCAAAAAAGGACUAGGACUGGUAGAUUAUGGAUCUGACGAGGAUUCUGACUGAUAUUGUGAGGAGUUUUAUGGGGAGUUUGAAGUGGACAAAUACAAGUAUAAUUGAGGGGAGAGAACUCUUUAAUAAGCUGAAGAUUGUCACGAAAUAUGCA